AUGGUAGCUACACAACUGCUUCGUUUCCAUGGGGAACUCCCCUCCUUGCAGUUUGAAGGGUGGAGAUCGAGGGUGGCAAGUGCGACCACAAGACACGGAUCUCCACUUGACUCCGCGGCUCCAGACGACCCCUCACAAGCUCCAGCCGCCGCCUCACAACAUUUGAUAGUCUCCCGCUCUCGACCCUUGUCUUCCAUCUGUCCGUCGCCGGUGCACGCCCGGCUGUCCAGACACGUUUCAGGGCUGUGGAGAUGGAGCCUGUACCGACUGAUUAGAUCCGAGGAACAACCAACACAACAAGAGCCCCAAUACGACCCCCAGGGCAUACGCGCGUCGUCGGGACUCACGCUCGAGGCCGAGGCGCGCAUCAGAGAACUCAAGCGGGUUCUCAACCUGCCUGAAGACAGACCUCCCGUUCUGGCCAACUACGACACAGAGGGGCCGGAACGCGGGGAGCAGGACUGGGAACACGUGUCUGAUCACGACAUUGAGAGUAUCUUGGAAGUGGAUUUGGAAAAUGUCCUCGAACGUGUCACGGAGCGAUAUCUCGGGGGCCCGCUCGAGGAGUCGCGAAUUGUUGAGCUGGAGGGUGACUUGGAGAACAACUCAUCUCCCGACUCUGGAGAGGCUGCAAAAACACCGCCAACUAGGCAAGUGACCCCUAAGCCAGAUCCAAAGACUCCUAAACCGACACCAAGGACUUUGUGCACCCAAGACCACACUCCCACAACUCCCACAACUCCCUCCUCAACACGUGACAAUGUUCCCAGGACACAUGCGCCCAAGACGCCUCAAAGCGUACCACCUCAACGUGUCUCACCUCAUCCCGUCUCUCAGUCAUUAGCUCAUCGCACGUCUCCCACCCAAGAACCUGUAUCGGCCCUCGGCAUGACACCCAUGAACAUUCCAAAGACACCUCUGAAAGAGUCUUCAGCUAUGAGAGUGUCUUCACCCGCACAGCUGCCUCCUCUUUCGGGGAUGAGACACACCACAUCUCCAGGUGGUACCCAGGCCUCGACUCCUUCAACUCCCCCUUCACAGCUUCGGGACAGCCUCAAGUCCACUCCUGUGAAAACCGUUGCUACUCCUGUGUCAGCCUACAAGGCGCCAGUGAGAUCUGUUCCUUCGACGCCCCACAAGUCGCUGCCUUCACCUCCUUCUUCUCCCUUGGGCCAAGAACCGCAAGGGCCGUCUGCUUCUCCCUCCACGCCCAAACAACAGCCUCAGCCGUUGCCCAUGUCUCCAGGUAGGGAGGUGCUAUCUCCCGGAAACCCGUUGACGCCGGGCACAAACACAGGAACAGAUGCCACUCCUUUGUCUCCCCGGACUCCGCUUUCGCCUCCGGUGGCUUUCCACAAUCAUCAAUUGUCGCGGUCUGAGUCUCAUUCAGAGCUAUUGGAACACGUGGAGCGGUUCAAGUCCGGGUCCAUCCGGACGCUGGAGGGGGUUCAGGCCGGACUCAACGGCCAGCCCGAGCAAACCAGUGAGCAGCAAGAGUCUGAGUUAGCGCGGGUGUUUAAGCGUAUCAGAGGACGAAGGGCUGUAAUCACAUAG